AAAAAUUCAAAAAUAUAUUAUAUAUAGCAGCCCAAACAAGUCUAGUUCCUCGUUCCGUCGGUUAAAAAAUCUCUGCUUUCUCAACUAGUCAUCACAAAUUUCUCCCUUACUUGAACGCCACUCUUAAAACCAUCACCACCACCACCAGCCGCCACGAACUCACCGGAAAACAAAGGAUUUUCUCGCUUUUUUCAGCUACUACAACAAACAAAGAAAUCAUGGCAGAUGAUGUUCCCAAUGUUGUUCCCAAUGAUGUAAAGGACAAAGUGGCAGAUAUUGCCCCAUUUGAUCCUACUAAAAAGAAGAAGAAGAAGAAGGUUGUGAUUCAGGAUCCUGCUGAUGAUCCUGUUGACAAUUUGGCUGUGAAGACUGAAAACUUGGAAGUUUCUGAUGGACUUGAAAGUACUUUCUCUGGUUUGAAAAAGAAGAAGAAGAAGCCAGUGGAAACCAGUUCCUUGAAUGAUGAGAGUGGGGAUGCAGGGGAAGAUUUGGAUGAUCAUGUUGGUGAGGAUGAAGAACGAGAAGGAAGUGAACUACAUGCACGUUAUCCUUGGGAAGGAACUGACCGUGAUUAUGAAUACGAGGAGCUUCUUGGUAGGGUGUUUAACAUUCUUCGGGAGAACAAUCCAGAGCUGGCAGGAGAUAGGCGUAGGACAGUUAUGAGGCCUCCACAAGUUCUUCGUGAAGGCACGAAGAAAACUGUUUUUGUGAAUUUCAUGGAUCUCUGCAGGACGAUGCAUCGACCGCACGAGCAUGUCAUGGCUUUCUUGCUGGCUGAACUGGGGACAAGUGGAUCAACUGAUGGGCAGAACAGAUUAGUUGUGAAGGGAAGAUUUGCACCUAAGAAUUUUGAAGGAAUCCUGCGACGAUAUGUCAACGAGUAUGUCAUUUGCCUUGGGUGCAAAAGUCCAGAUACUAUACUUUCAAAGGAGAAUCGUCUCUUCUUUGUUCGAUGUGAGAAGUGCGGUUCUAAUAGAUCAGUUGCUCCAAUCAAAGCUGGUUUUGUUGCUCGUGUUGGCCGUAGGAAUGCAGGGACAUGAUCUGGCCUGUUGCCCUUAUCCUAGUUGGAGACUCAUAGUUCAGCGGGUCAUGAACCUUAGAGAGCUUUGUUACUGUUUAGUGUUUACUAAUCUAUACUUUGUUUUGAGUAUAAAAGUCAAUAAAUUUUUUAUAAAUAGUAUAAGUCAAUAAUUAUAUCUUUUUGCAUGGGAGUUUGAAUGUGGCAAUGAGUUCUUCGGCUCGUUUCA